AUGCUCCAUGGAAACCUGGGGUCUCCAUCUGCAACCCCCCCAGAGCUCGAAACGGCGAAAGGCCUCGUCAGCGGCGUGGCACAAGAAGUUGUUGUCGAGCCAAAUACAGAGACCUCCAAGGAGCAUGCCAGCCCGGUCUCUGCUGACAGGUCCCCGUAUAAGGUCAAGGAGGAGCCCCUCCGCAAGCCCAGGAAGACCAAGAUCAUUGCUAUUGCCAGUGCCUUGAAUUUUGGACACGAAGUCAACGAGGACAAGUUUCGAUAUUGA